UGCAAAGGAUCCAACUAAACUCACCCUAGUGACAGAAUAAAUUCAUGAAGUCUCGUUAUUAGAUGCUCAAAUCUUAUAUAUCUUAUUCCAAUCUCAUCAUUACAUCUCAACCAUGUCGACCAUCGCCAAAACCAUCGUAGCAACUGGGUGCUCAUCCGGCCUCGGCUUUGAAGCGAUAAAACAACUCCUCCAGCAAACCCAAACCCCCUACAAAUUCAUCCUCGGCGCUCGCGACACAGCACGCACGCAAGCCGCCUUCGCGUCCCUGCCGUACGACACCAGCAAGCACAGCCUCUCCAUCCUGCCCCUCGAGCUAUCCAACCUCUCAAACGUCAAAUACUUCGCGCUGAAGACACUCACCAAGCUCGGCGGCGGCACCCAGGAAGGUGAAUCCAAGCUCGACUACCUUUUGCUCAACGCCGCCGUGAGCAAAGCGGCGGGUACCGAGAGUCCGGGACCUAAUGGAAGCAAGUGGUGCGAGGCGCUUGUUGUGAAUCAUCUCGCACAACAUUACCUCGUCCACUUGCUCCGUGACAAGUUGACGGCUUCGCAGUCGCGCAUCGUGUUUGUGUCGUCGGGCGCGAUACGCAAUGUGCGAGAUAACGAUCCCAAGACGCUUGAAGCUGACCUCCAAGCCGGGUCUGGAGCGAGCUACUUCGUCGUAUAUUGUGGAAGCAAGUUCGUGCAGCUCCUGGGGGCGCACUACUGGCGUCGGCAGCUACAGGGCGUGUGCAGGGUCGUUGCGGUCUCGCCGGGCAUGAUCCCGAAUACGGGCUUGGGUAGAUACUCGGAUAUGCAGUUAUCCAUGGACAUGCCGGAUGCGAAGGGGGUGCCAGAGGGCGCCCGGAGUAUUCUGGAAGCAACGACGCGAGACGACUUCCCCGAAGACCCGGAACAGAUCUUCUUGACAAGCUGGGGUGAGUGGUGGCCCAAAGAUGUUUACGAAAUGAGCCUCGAUGAGAGUCUUCAGGAUAAAUGGUGUCCGAGCAAGGACGGGCUUGAGAAGGAGGAGGAGGUUUCGGCCUAGUGGAAAGGCCAGUUAAAAUAGUUUUAGUUUGGCACAUUGUGCAACAUGGAGAAAACGAUGAAGGCAUCAACGUCCUUAAACUAUUUUGCUGAUUCUCACAUCAAAGCAAUCAUUCGAAUCAUACACCUUUCACUGGCCGAUAACCAGACACUG